AUGAGAACCUCUUAAAGUGAGAACAUAACUUGUACAGCAUUAAAACACCUAAAGAACUAAAAGUUAUAUGAAAUAAUAUUGCUCAAAGAGAGGGUGGCUCUUUUAUAAAAAGAAUCACAAAAUAUUGAGUAAAGAGCAAAUCCUCUUAAGUCAAAACUACUCAAAAAUGUAGAGGAAUCAAAAAGACUCUAUGAAGAUAUAAAAUAGAAAGUAUAGUUAUUAAUUAUAAGGAAUAAGAGUAUAAAUUAUUUAUUUAAAGUGAAAAGGAAAAAGAAUAUAAUGCAAAAAGAUAGAAAAAGAACUUUAUUUAGUUUUCUUCAAAUGAAGCAUUGAAAUUUGCUAGACAGCAUGUUUAAUAAGAAAAGAAAGAAUAAGCGUAUUAAAUAAAAUAGCUUCAUCAAUAGGAUAAACUAAUGAUAAAAAAGAAUAAGGAUUAGCAAAUGAAUGAAAAAAUUAAAAAAAAGUACUUUAAAGUUUAUUAUAAUUAGAUGUUAAGUAUUAAAUGAGGAAAAGUAAGCUUAGUAGAAAAUAAAAGAAUUUUAACAAAUUAAAUAAGAAAAUUUUCAGAAAAUAACUUAAUUUCAAAAGUUGUUGAUUUAAUAGGAUUUAUAUAGUUAAGAAUAAGAAAUCAAAGCUCUUGAAGAAUAAGAAAUGAGGUUUUUACAGAAAUUGUAAUAAAGCAAAUCGUAAUAGCUCUAAUUUAAGAAUUAAGUCAAGGAUGCAAUGGAAUUAAAUGUAGAGGAUUAUAAAAAAAAGUAUCCAAAAAAAAAGAAAUGAG